GUCUGAAAGCUUGCUGUCCGAUCAUUCCAAAGCCUCACUCCUCCCCAUCAACCACCACCGUCGGCCACCACCACCGUCGGCCACCGCUAUACCCUCCCAACUUAGUUGUAGUUAAGGGAACCAUCUGAAUGUCUACCGUUCCACUUCCAUUUAGAACUCACCAUGUCUCUCAGUCCCUUGAUCCCCAAUUCAGGAGACGCUCCUCCGUGUGUUUAUCCCCCUCACCGUCUCUGUUAACGGCCAGGGGUCCAAAAGUUCUGCACAGGAAUGGAGUUUUGGCACGUGCAGAAGAUAAGGCACGUGGAGUUGGAGGAGGAAACCCCUCUCCGAUUGAACAACCACAAAAGCCCAAACCCAAUUUGGAUAACCAGUUUCAGGAUUUAACAUCGUCGGGAGCUUGUGAUCCUUUAUGUUCGGUGGAUGAAACAAGCUCACAAGAAUAUGAAGCUACUUACCAGCCAAAGACCGAUUUAUUGAAAGCUGUGGCUAUAUUUGGAGCARCUGCGACAGGGACAGUGGCGAUUAAUCAUUCWUGGGUGGCUGCAAACCAGGAUCUUGCAAUGGCGUUGUUGUUUGGAAUAGGUUAUGYUGGCAUAAUUUUUGAAGAGUCACUUGCCUUCAAUAAAAGUGGAGUAGGUUUACKAAUGGCAGUAAGCUUGUGGGUUAUUCGGAGCAUCGGAGCSCCCUCAACCGACAUAGCAGUAGCAGAGUUAASACAUGCUUCAGCAGAAGUCAGUGAAAUAGUAUUUUUCUUGCUUGGUGCAAUGACGAUAGUGGAGAUAAUUGAUGCUCAUCAAGGCUUUAAGCUGGUUACUGACAAUAUCACCACUCGCAAGCCCCGAUCCCUCCUUUGGGUGGUUGGUUUCGUGACUUUCUUCCUAAGCUCUGUGCUUGACAACCUCACAUCUACAAUAGUCAUGGUUUCCUUAUUGAGGAAACUGGUACCUCCAUCAGAAUACCGAAAGUUACUUGGUGCUGUAGUUGUAAUAGCAGCAAAUUCUGGUGGAGCAUGGACUCCAAUUGGUGAUGUAACAACUACUAUGCUUUGGAUACAUGGCCAAAUAUCCACAUUGCCAACAAUGCAGAGCUUAUUUUUGCCCAGUGUGGUUUCUCUUGCAGUGCCUUUGGCCCUCAUGUCCUUCUCGAGUGAAGUUAACGCCAAGGGGCAGAAUGCAGAGGAUGUAUUGGCUUCUGAACAGAUGGCUCCACGUGGGCAACUUGUUUUUGCAGUGGGAAUUGGGGCAUUAGUGUUUGUUCCAGUGUUCAAGUCUUUAACUGGUUUGCCUCCUUAUUUGGGUAUGCUAUUCGGGCUUGGAGUUCUUUGGAUCCUGACCGAUGCUAUCCACUAUGGCGAAUCAGAGAGACAACGGUUGAAGGUGCCUCAAGCAUUAUCGCGCAUUGAUACUCAAGGAGCUUUGUUCUUCCUUGGGAUCCUUUUAUCUGUCAGCAGCCUGGAGGCAGCAGGGCUUCUUCGAGAAUUAGCAAAUUACCUUGAUUCCCAUAUUUCCAAUAGUCAGCUGGUUGCAAGCGCAAUAGGGGUAGUAUCGGCAAUUAUAGACAACGUUCCACUGGUUGCCGCAGCAAUGGGGAUGUAUGACCUUUCCUCUUAUCCCCAAGACUCCGAGUUCUGGCAGUUGGUCGCAUUUUGUGCCGGCACAGGCGGGUCCAUGCUCGUCAUUGGAUCUGCGGCUGGCGUUGCUUUAAUGGGAAUGGAAAAAAUCAACUUUUUCUGGUAUUUCCGCAAGGUGAGCGGUUUUGCUUUUGCCGGUUAUGCAGCGGGGAUUGCAGUGUAUUUGGCAUCUCAGAACCUACAUUUCUCUCCUAUAACUGUAGCUAACCUUCCAUUCCUCUCGGGUUCAUGAACCACCGUUGCGGUCAAAUUCCGAUGACGGGUUUAAAUGUAAAGCUGGUGGGGAGAAAAUAGAACCAACAGUAUAUUGUUGUUGUGAAAGAUGUUAGAUAGAAGUUUGGGGUUGUAAUGAUCAAUAAUGUAGUCCCCAACACCCCAACACUUUUAUAAAUUUUGUUGAGUUUGCAAAAAACACAAUUUUGCUCA